UGUGUGUGUCUUGUUGGUAGUGCGGUUGGUAGAAAGGAAGCUGAAACGGCACCUGAGGACUUUUUGCAAAAGAGGAGGUCAUAGAUCCGGCAAUUGCCUUUACUGAAGCAUCUGGCAGAGGAGGAAGGCAGGUGGAGGCUGUCUGGAGAGGGAGGGAGGAUGAAGCGAGAGCCAGAAUCAGUAGGUCAAGAAGUAAGAAAAGGCCCUGAUGCCACCGAAGUUGGGAGCGGAAGGGAACAGUGGGAAGAAACAAUGCGGAAGGUCCCAGGAGAGGAUUUCUCCCCUUCAGAUGUGCAGCGGCAGCAAUUCAGGUACUUCCGCUACCAAGAGGCCAAAGGGCCCCGAGAGGCUUGCAGCCGCCUACACCGUCUUUGCCACCAGUGGCUGAAGCCAGGAAGGCACAGCAAGAAGGAGAUCCUGGACCUGGUGGUCUUGGAGCAAUUAAUGGCCGUCCUGCCCCCGGAGAUGGAGAGCUGGGUCAGGGAAUGUGGGCCAGAGACCAGCUCCCAGGCGGUGGCCCUGGCAGAAGGCUUCCUCCUGAGCCAAGCAGAUGCCAAGAAUCAAGAGCAGCAGGUGCAGAAAGAGAUUGUGCAGGAGCUUUACUACAGAGCAGAUUUUUCAGGUCAGGCCUUGAAAGAAGUGUCGGAUACUUUGGCAUCGUUUUGCGACAGAGAGAGAGCAGCUUCCGUGAGGGCAUGUUGGGGUCUGGUGACCUUCGAGGAGGUAUCUGUCAAUUUCACUGAGGAGGAGUGGGCUAUGCUGGAUCCGGACCAAAGAAGCCUUCACAAGGAAGUCAUGGAGGACAAUCGUCAGGCUGUGGCCUCUCUGGAGGGUGGUGGUCCCCAGAAAAACCCUGAGGAAGGACUGCAAGAGCCCCUAUCAGAAGAGGAACAGCAGAGAAGAAGCAAUGGAACAAAACAGCAGAGGGAGGAUGAAUCCUCUGCUUCUCAGGGUGCUGAAUCCCAGAACAUCUUACAAUACUAUGGAAGCAUCAGUUGCCCCGUGUGUGGAAAAACAUUCAUUUAUCCAUCAGCCUUUCAUACACACUGGAGAAAACACACAGGGGAGAAACCAUAUAACUGUGUGGUAUGUGGAAAAAGCUUUUCUCAAAGCACCCACCUUACUGUCCAUCAACGUAUCCAUACAGGUGAGAAACCAUAUAAAUGUGCGGAGUGUGGAAAGAGUUUCUCUCGGAGUACAGAGCUUACUGUUCAUCGACGAAUUCACACGGGGGAAAAACCGUAUAUAUGUGAGCAGUGUGGAAAGAGCUUUGCUCAGAGUACAGAGCUUAUUGUCCAUCGACAAAUCCACAUAGCAGAGAAGCCAUAUAAAUGGGAGCAGUGUGGAAAGAGCUUUGCUCAGGGUACAGAGCUCACUGUCCAUCGACGAAUUAAAACCGGGGAGAAACCAUAUAUAUGUGAGCAGUGUGGAAAGAGCUUUGCUCGGAGUACAGAGCUUACUGUCCAUCAACGAAUCCACACAGGGGAGAAACCAUAUAUAUGUGAGCAGUGUGGAAAGAGUUUUGCUCAGAGCACGCACCUUACUGCUCAUCGACGUAUCCAUACAGGUGAGAAACCAUACAAAUGUGGGGAGUGUGGAAAGAGCUUUGCUCGGGGUACAGUGCUUACUGUCCAUCGAAGACUGCACACAGGGGAGAAACCAUAUCAAUGUGAGCAUUGUGGAAAGAGCUUUGCUCGGGGUACAGAGCUUACUGUCCAUCGACGAAUACACAUAGGGGAGAAACCAUAUAAAUGUGAGCAGUGUGAAAAGAGCUUUGCUCAGUGUACAGAGCUUACUGUUCAUCGACGAAUUCACACAGGGGAGAAACCAUAUAAAUGUGAACAGUGUGGAAAGAGCUUUGCUCGGGCUACAGAGCUUAUUGUCCAUCAACGAAUCCACACAGGGGAGAAGCCAUACAUAUGUGAGCACUGUGGAAAUAGUUUUGCUCAGAGCGCGCACCUUACUGCUCAUCGACGUAUCCAUACAGGAGAGAAACCGUAUAAAUGUGCAGUGUGUGGAAAGAGCUUUGCUCGGGCUACAGAGCUUACUGUCCAUCGACGAAUCCACACAGGGGAGAAACCAUAUAAAUGUGAGCAUUGUGGAAAGAGCUUUGUUCGAGGUUCAGAGCUUACUGUCCAUCAACGAAACCACACAGGGGAGAAACCGUAUCAAUGCGUGGAGUGUGGGAAGAGCUUUGCUGGGCGUGCCCACCUUACUGCCCAUCAACGUAUCCACACUGGGGAGAAACCGUAUAAAUGUAUGGAUUGUGGAAAGUGCUUUACUCGGAGUACAGACCUUAUUUCCCAUCGACUAACCCACACAGGUGAGAAACCAUAUAAAUGCACUGAGUGUGGAAAGUGUUUUACUCGAAAUAGAGAGGUUACAGUCCAUCAACGUAUCCACACAGGAGAGAAACCAUAUAAAUGUCUAGAGUGUGGGAACAGUUUUACUCUGAACGUCCACCUUACUGCCCAUCAACGUAUCCACACAGGAGAGAAACCAUAUAAAUGCAGGGAGUGUGGGAAGAGCUUCGCCCAGAGUAUACACCUUGCUGCCCAUCAGUGUAUCCACACCGGUGAGAAACCCUAUAAAUGCAUAGAGUGUGGAAAGAGCUUUGCCUGGAGAACACACCUUACUGAUCAUAUGCGUAUCCACACAGGGGAGAAACCAUAUAAAUGUGUGGAGUGUGGAAAGAACUUCCGUCGGAGUACCUAUCUUACCUCCCAUCAACGUGUCCACACAGGGGAGAAACCAUUUAAAUGCGUGGAGUGUCAAAAAAGCUUUGCCUGGAGAACACAGCUUAUUGCCCAUCAACGUAUCCACAUGGGGGAGAAACUAUAAAAAUGCUUGGAGUGUGGAAAGAAGUUUACUUGGAGAACAGGACUUAUUGUUCAUCAACAAAUCCACAUAGGGAAAGAGGGUGUGAAGGAAUUAGCUCAUGCUGGUUUCUCAUGGCCCUUUCUUACAUGCCCAGGGUAAUGCAGAUCGUCACUUUGGGGUCAGGAAGGAAUUGUGUAAACUUGUUUUGAAACUUGAGACAGAAGAAGAGCAAGUCAAACAAUGUAUGAUUAUGGUUGUUGUGGAUUUUCCGGGCUGUAUAGCCAUGGUCUUGGCAUUGUAG